AUGGCGGCCACGACCCUGCUGCGCGUGAUGCCCCGCUUCUCAGGUCUUGGCGCCGGCCCGACUCCACUACUGCAGGGUCUGUUGCGGCCGCCAAAAGCCCCGGCACCGCCCCUUUUGUGCCGCGGCUUGGCCGUGGAGGCCAAGAAGACCUAUGUACGCGAUAAACCUCAUGUGAACGUGGGUACCAUCGGCCAUGUGGACCACGGCAAAACCACGCUGACUGCCGCCAUCACCAAGAUUCUAGCGGAGGGCGGUGGAGCCAAAUAUAAGAAGUACGAGGAGAUUGACAACGCUCCGGAAGAGCGAGCCCGCGGUAUCACCAUCAAUGCGGCCCACGUGGAGUACAGCACUGCGGCCCGCCACUAUGCCCACACAGACUGCCCAGGCCACGCGGAUUACGUGAAGAAUAUGAUCACAGGCACUGCUCCCCUGGAUGGCUGCAUCCUGGUGGUGGCAGCCAAUGACGGGCCCAUGCCCCAGACCCGAGAGCACUUACUACUGGCCAGACAGAUCGGGGUAGAGCAUGUCGUCGUGUAUGUGAACAAGGCAGAUGCUGUCCAGGACCCGGAGCUGGUGGAGCUGGUGGAGCUGGAGAUCCGAGAACUGCUCACUGAGUUUGGCUACAAAGGGGAGGAGACUCCGGUCAUCGUGGGCUCCGCCCUCUGUGCCCUGGAGCAACGUGACCCUGAGCUAGGAUUGAAGUCGGUGCAGAAGCUGCUGGAUGCGGUGGACACUUUCAUCCCAGUGCCCACUCGGGACCUGGAGAAGCCUUUCCUGCUGCCUGUAGAGUCUGUUUACUCUAUCCCUGGCAGGGGCACAGUGGUGACAGGGACCCUGGAGCAUGGCAUUUUGAAGAAGGGAGACGAGUGCGAGUUCCUGGGACACAGCAAGAACAUUCGUACUGUAGUGACAGGCAUUGAGAUGUUCCACAAGAGCCUGGAUAGGGCAGAGGCAGGUGAUAACCUCGGGGCACUGGUCCGAGGCUUGAAGCGGGAGGACCUGAGGCGUGGUCUGGUCAUGGCCAAGCCAGGUUCCAUCCAACCUCAUCAGAAGGUGGAGGCCCAGGUUUACAUCCUCAGCAAGGAGGAAGGUGGCCGCCACAAACCUUUUGUAUCCCACUUCAUGCCUGUCAUGUUCUCCUUGACUUGGGACAUGGCCUGUCGUGUCAUCUUGCCUCCAGGGAAGGAACUUGCCAUGCCUGGGGAGGACCUGAAGCUCACCCUGAUUUUGAGGCAGCCGAUGAUCUUAGAAAAGGGCCAGCGUUUCACCCUGCGAGAUGGCAACCGUACCAUUGGCACUGGCCUUGUCACUGACACCCCGGCCUUGACUGAGGAGGACAAGAACCUCAAGUGGAGUUGA